AUGCCGCGCUGUCUCAUGGCGAAAAAGUGGAAGGCCUACCCAUGGCCGGAUCGCGUGGACGAUCAGCAAGAACAGCAGGAGGCCCUUCUGCAAGAUCAAGCGUUGGACCAGACCGCCAUGGAGAAGCGGCAGCACAGGCAUGAGCCCGAGGACGAGGAGAUCGACGUGGUCGGGGACGUCGAUAACCAUCGGAUCGACCAUCAACAGACUUGUUGGGGGCCGCACAGUCCCACGGCGGGAGCUACAGCCCCCAGUCCGCCGCCCCUCAAUGCUUCCGGCGCUCUUUAUUAUCACGGCUACACACACGAAGCUUGGAUCAACCACGAAGAGCCACCGAAAUACGCGACGCUACGCUCCGCGGCGGAGUUGGCGCGUCCAGUAGCGCCCUCGCCGCCACCGCCACCACCAACAGCUCCGAUCGUGGAGCUGGCGGUACUGAACGGCGGCACGGCGGGGCUCCAUCAGACGUCUCAACAGGCUGCCACGUCUUCGUCGUCGCCUCUGAGCCUACCGCCGCGCAAGAGCCUGUCGAUGUGUUUCACCAGCACCGGCACGGCGUUGUCCUUACCUCCGAAGAAGAAGGAUAUCUACCGUCCUUACAGCCUGCAGACGAUCUCGGAGAUCCGCACGUCCGCCGAAGAGGACCUGUCGGCCGCGCAGGCCAUCCUAGACCUAAGUGCGUCGCCGGCCGCGCCCACGCACUCUGUUUUCAUUCACACUCUGUCGCCGCCACCGCCACCACCACCACCGCCGCCGCCGCCACCUCCGCCGCCCGCUGCGCCGGAACAGCAGCUCUUACAACCAGUGACGACGACGCAGCCUAUUCCGGUGUCCGUGCUCGUGCCGGUACCCAGCUCGCAGACCAAUCAGCUACGCCAGCAGGAGCAAACGCCGCCGCAGUCGCCCACAACCGCGGAGACCAACAGCAGGGACAGCACCAGCAAGACUGUCGCUUACACCUACGAGGCCUUCUUUGUGUCCGACGGCCGAUCAAAGCGGCGUGGCAGCGGCAACAGCGGUGCCGCUGUGCCCGACAAGGAGGCGGCCCAACCGGACAGGCCGAAAUUCACGUGCACCGAGUGCGGCAAGCAGUACGCCACAUCGUCGAACUUGUCGCGGCACAAGCAGACCCACCGCAGCCUCGACUCCCAGUCCGCGAAGAAGUGCAUCCACUGCGGCAAGGCGUACGUCAGCAUGCCCGCUUUGGCGAUGCACGUGCUGACGCACAAGCUGGCCCACAGCUGCGGCGUCUGCGGCAAGAUGUUCUCGCGGCCCUGGCUGCUGCAGGGUCACCUGCGCAGCCAUACCGGCGAGAAGCCGUACGGUUGCGCCCACUGCGGCAAGGCGUUCGCCGACCGCUCGAAUCUGCGAGCGCACAUGCAGACGCACUCGGCCGACAAGAACUACGAGUGCUCGAGGUGUCACAAGACCUUCGCCCUCAAGUCCUAUCUGAACAAACAUCUCGAGUCGGCGUGUCUGCGCGACGAGGAGAUGCAGCAGCACGCUGCUAAUAACGCGCCCACGCAACAGAACACCAAUCGAGGCUUGUAG